GAGCGGCGGGGCCAUGAGCGUGACUCGCCCGCUCCGUGCUGCUUCCCCCGCGCCGCCUGCCUGCGCCGCCGGAGCAGCCAUGUCCGAGGAGAAGCCCAAGGAGGGCGUGAAGACAGAGAAUGACCACAUCAACCUGAAGGUGGCCGGGCAGGAUGGCUCCGUGGUGCAGUUCAAGAUCAAGAGGCACACGCCGCUGAGCAAGCUGAUGAAGGCCUACUGCGAAAGGUAGGGCUUGUCAAUGAGAUAGAUUAGAUUCAGGUUUGAUGGGCAGCCAAUUAAUGAAACCAACACUCCAGCACAGCUGGAGUUGGACGAGGACACCAUCGAUGUGUUCCAGCAGCAGACAGGAGGUGCACCAGAGAGCAGCCUGGCAGGGCAUGGUUUCUAGAGGGUCCUCCCCAGCCUGGGCCGUCCGUCCUUGCAUUGCUGUUGAAUGGUGACCAUGCUGACCACAAAGUCGUCUG